AUGAACGUCUCGUCUCUGAACUCCACCUCUCCGGGUUCUCGGAGCUUCGCCGAGGCCGUUUACAAGAACGUGAUCGUGACGGUUCUCUGCAUCGCCAUCAAUUACAUCAACGGCACCCUGAUACACACUUUCAGGAAGCACCAGAUCUUUUACUCCAACCCGCGCUACAUCCUCUUCAUCCACCUGGUGAUGAACGACAUGCUGCAGCUGACUCUCUCCACGCUGCUGCACAUCAUCAGCUACACCCUGAACACCUUCAGCGUCUCCUCCUGCCUCCUCCUCCUCAUCCUCGCCGUCAUGGCCACCUUCAACACGCCUCUUAAUCUGGCCGGCAUGGCGGUGGAGUGCUACGUCGCUAUCUGCCUCCCGCUGCACCACUGUAGGAUCUGCACUGUGAGAAACACCUUCAUCCUGAUGAGUCUCAUCUGGUUUGUCAGCUCUCUCUCCAUCAUGCCUGAUUUCUUCCUCCUUCUGGCCACCGAGCCCCUCAGCUUCUUCACGUCCAAAGUGUUGUGCGCCAGAGACUUUGUGUUCAGGAGUUCGUACAGUUUGAAGAAGAGAGACGCGUCGCACAUCGUGUGUCUAGUGCUGGUGUGGCUCACGCUGCUCUACACCUACUUCAGGAUCCUGUUUGCAGCCAAAGGAGCAAAAGGGGAUUCAAAGAAGGCCCGAAACACCAUCUUGCUGCACGGUUUCCAGCUUCUGCUCUGCAUGCUGACCUACGUUCGGCCCAUGUUCGAAGAGGCGCUGCUUUUUUUACUGCCGCGAAGACACGCUGACAUACGCUUCGCCUCGUACGUCUUCGUGCAGAUUAUCCCUCGCUUUGUGAGCCCCAUUGUGUACGGACUGAGAGACCAGAACUUCAGGAAGUACAUGAGGAGAUACCUGCUGUGUCGAGUAAUCAUGAGGAAAAACCACCUGGAGAACAACGCCGUGUCGGACAUGAAGCCUGCAGUCUCUUAG